AUGUUGGGGGCUGGCGUCCAAGGGGACGUGAUGUCCAAGGUGGUGGAGACACCGUCGACGCCGGCGACCGCCAGUGAGCCACCGGGUACGCAGUGCAGCAUCACACCGACGGCCAGUGCGCGCUGGCGAUCGGCUUGUUCGAGGCGGCGGGCGCUGAUGCGCUUCGCCACGCGCGUGCAGCCGUUCCCCACCAGCAAGUUCGAGAUGAAGACGGGGGAGGAGAAGAUCGAUAGUGGCGUGUCCAAGAUGACGGAGACCCCGGCGACGGCGGAAGCCGCCCCUUACCCACCCGCGGCGCUGUUUAGUAUUAGACCGACGGCAACUGCGCUGGGGAUUGGCUUCUUCAAUGCGGCGGGUGCAGUGUCGUCUGGCGAGACGGCCAUGGCCGGCGGAGGUUGGAUGUAUGAAGAGAGCACCGUGGUCAAGACGGUCGGAUAUGCAGUGCAACUGCAAGGAUCUGCCCCACCAGACGUAUAG